CUCGUUAGCUAAUGGAGUACCCGACCAUAAUCACACAUAGCUGCUAUUAAUUAUAAAAAAAAAUAUUCCUAACAGAUGUGAGAGGAUGGAGGACAUGAAUUUACACUACAGGUUUCUCAACUGGCGGCGAAGGAUCAGAGAUAUCAGAGAAGUGAGGGCUGUGCGCUAUCAGGAACGCUAUAAACGCAUGGUUAAAGAUGGAGACACUUUGAGUUACCAAGGGAACUCUGAUGAAGUCGGCUGCUAUGUGGCUUCACGGCCUUUAUCAAAAGGAAACUGCUACUUUGAGGUGACUAUAAUGGACACUGGUGUUAGAGGGACGAUUGCUGUGGGUUUGGUUCCUCAGUACUACAAGCUGGAUCAUCAACCUGGCUGGCUGCCUCACUCAAUAGCUUACCAUGCUGAUGACGGGAAACUGUAUAAUGGAAACCCUGUUGGCCAGCAGUUCGGACCUAAGUGCAGCCGUGGUGAUCGGAUUGGCUGCGGGAUAUAUGCGGACACGUUGGAUGCAGGACUCACCACUGUUUUUUUUACCAAGAACAGCAAAGAGGUGGGCUCGGUGGUGGUUCCGGUGGCUCCUGAUGGCCUUUUUCCUGCCAUCGGGAUGCACUCUCUUGGGGAGGAGGUGCGGCUAAACCUGCAGGCUGAAUGGGGAAGCGAGGAGGAAGACAGCAUCAUGAUGGUAGACAGCCACGAAGAUGAGUGGGGACGUCUCUAUGAUGUCAGGGUCAGCGGAACGCUGCUGGAGUAUGUAGGAAAAGGAAAGAGCAUCAUGGAUGUGGGACUCGCUCAGGCUCGCCAGCCGCUCUGCACACGCAGUCACUACUUUGAGGUGGAGAUCGUGGACCCUGGUGAAAAGUGCUACAUUGCCUUGGGUCUUGCUCGAAGAGACUACCCUAAGAACAGGCAUCCAGGCUGGAGCAGAGGCUCGGUAGCUUAUCAUGCUGAUGAUGGAAAGAUCUUCCAUGGCAGCGGAGUGGGAGAUCCAUUUGGCCCCCGCUGCUUUGAGGGGGACAUCAUGGGCUGUGGGAUCAUGUUCCCUCGUGACUAUGAAGACGAGAUUGAUGAUGGAGAAGAUAUGGUCGAGUUUCCCAAACAGGGCAGAGUUCGGAACGUACUGUACCUAAACGAUGAGGAUGAAGAGGACGAGGGAGGCGAUGCUGAACUAGAACAAGACCAGGACGGCAGGAAGGUUAUGGUGUUCUUUACCCGCAAUGGGAAGAUUAUCGGGAGGAAGGAGGUGGUGGUGCCGGUUGGAGGAUUCUACCCCACUGUGGGCAUGCUGAGUAGCGGCGAGAAGGUGAAAGUGGACCUCCAUCCUCUCAGCGGCUAAGCCAAUACAGACAGUCCUGUUUCUGCUCCUAAUCAUGUGAGCCAAUCCUGAGGCUUGAUACUAAUCACCAGGGGUCUCAUUUAUAAAAAAAUGUUCAUGUGAAUUAUUUAUAAAAUGUCUUUAUGCUGAACAAAAUGCUCUUAAAUCCUUUCUACACAUGACCUGUGGCAAAUGGCAAAUUCUUAUAAUCUUGCACACCUCAGCUUC